AACCGUUUGAAACAGUGCUUUGACGCGAACGCUGCCAUGUCCGAAAGAUCCAAAGGUGACGUGUCGUCUCGCGGCGUAAACAACAAUCCAAAUGCGACGCGUGUCGUUAAAAAUUCAUUACUUAGCGCCUCGGUAACCGGACUCAGCUACGAAGACUUUCCCAACAAGCCGCAGCUGUUGCCCGCCGCACCGCCCGUGGUGCAUGCCCCGCCGCCAGCACCCACACCAGCGCUCAUUGCUGGCAUUCUGAAUCGCGAGCCAAAAACAUUGGUUACUGUGGGCCAACCAUCGGGCAUUGAUGACAGCGAAGCCCUCGAUGAGAUCAACUUGAAUACGAGCAGCGAGGACUCGAGUGGUGUCAGUGGUGCAUCAUCGACAGCGUAUCUGCGUGGCACUGGCGAUGGUAAUGCCAAUCCCUUGCUGGAACCACCGCCCGGUCUGGGAAACGAUUCAUUGUUGAGUCAGGCAGCCUCAUCCUUCACAGCAUUGCCCGCAGUGGCCUCCAAUGUCUUUUCCACAUUCUCCAAGCGAAUCUACGCGGGCACCAAGGAAUCGGAGGAGCCUAAAUUGGACAUACAACCCACGUACAUACAGCAGGCGUCACACUACGCUCCACCGCCAGUAGCUGCUGCACCGCCACCACCGUUCUACGCGGCACCACCCACGGCAGUGGAUGAGAUUGUUGCUGCCCCACAGCCGCCCAAGUUCUAUGCGCCCACUGAGGUGCCAGCAGCGAGUGUAGGCAUCGGCAGUGCACCACCCACAGCAGCGGGCAAUCCGAACACUUAUCGGCUCACAGCCAGAAAGAAGAUUUACGCACCCAUUCCGGGCUUCACCGAGCAGUCGGCACUGGGUCCACAGGCUACAUCAACGCCACAGACAGGUCUGCCCUUCCAGACGCCACCAUAUCCAGCACCAGCACCAGCUGCAGCUCCCUUUGAGAUAUCAGCACCAGCCCCAGUAGUGCCUCCCACAGAGGAGCGCAAGUCCGGAGGUGGACUCUUUUCUCUGACCAAUCUUGUGCCCACUGGCGUGCUGCAAAAUAUCUCUGGACUUGUACAGUCCGCCACAGGCAGAAGCAGCGAGCAGCCCGCCAGCAAUCCUCCACCAACAACUAGCGGCGCUUACUUUGACAUCAACACAGUUGCUCCUCCAGCAAAUUCAAGCAACUAUUUUGGGGCACCAGCAGCACCAGCGGGAGGCUACUUUGUGCCAGACUCAGCAACAGUCGGUGGAUUCUUUCCACAGCCAGCAGCUGCUGCUCCCGUAGGAGGAUUCUUUGCACCCGCCAAUCCGCCAGCAAUUGACAUCAAUCCCAACUCGGCGGCACCACCAAUCGGAGGAUUCUUUACACCAGCAGCAGCAACAGUUGCGCCCACAGUUGGAGGUUUCUUUACGCCUGGUCCGGCGCCCAUUGAGAUCAAUCCCAUUGCUGAAGCAACACCAACAGCAGCUUUUCCUCCAACCACCACACUUGGAGGAGGUUUUACUGCACCACCAGGAGCAGUGCCAACUUUGACACAAUCCACAGCAGCAGCUCCGCCACCAAUUGGCGGUUUGUUUGCCCCAAAUCCAACACCAAACACCUCAUCAGCUGGAGGAUUCCUUACACCAGCAGCAGUGCCAAGUGUGGCCCCAACAGCGGUUCAAACUUUUGCCCCAGCAGCAGUGCCAACUGUUGCUCCAUCUGUUGCCCCACCAACAGCCGUUCCUCCUCCAUUAGCAGGAGGAUUCUUUGCACCCGCAGCAGCAGGAACACCAUCAUAUCCAAGCCCAGUGGCUGGACCACCUUUAGCAGCAGCAGCUCCACCUGCAGGACCACCUGCAAGUGUCGCUGGACCACCACCUGCAACUCUCGCUGCACCACCACCGGCCGCUGGACAGGCAUCGUAUCGCCUGCAGAAGGGCACGCGUCUCUACAAGAGCCCAUUGAGUGCACAGGAAACCGCCACAUCGGCAGCAUACGGCACGCCCUUCGGCGCCACAGCAGCAGCUCCAGCUGGUGCCAUAUUCAAUCCAUUUGGCGCAGGCGGCACUGCCGGAGUAUUCACUCCAGUAGCUCCCAAUCCACCAGCUGCUCAGCAGGAGAACGAAGCUAACACUGGAGUUGCACUAUUUGCAGCUCCCCCUCAAGCGAUUGAUCAAGGACCGGCUGCCCCAGUUGCCUUUGCAGCGACCAAUCAAGGAGCUACCUUCUUUGCGCCACAGCCAGCACCCAAGGCAGCGCCAUUCUUCAUUCCACAAGCGGUUGUAGAGCCCAAACAGGAGGAAACUCCAGUGCCCAUCCAGGCAACACCUGCCAGCCAAGGAAUAUCCUUCUUUGAAGGCGCUCCGUCUUCGGACAUUGGUCUGUUCACGCCGCAAACCGUUCAGGAAACAGCAGCAGCGCCUGCGACAUCCAUUGCUGAGGAAAUAAAACCAAUUGAAACGCAAGGAAUAUCUUUCUUUGCGCCACAGCCAGCAGCCCAAGAGACUCCACUGUUUGUGCCGGCAGCCCAAGAGACUCCGCUGUUUGUUCCAGCAGCAGUUGAGGCUCCUGCCUUGUAUUCACCGAAAGCUACACCAGUGGCAGAGGACAGACCCGCUGCUGAAGCGCCAUUAUUUGUGCCCGUGCCAGCAGCAGCCACAGAUCAGAGUCAGGCUGUGCCGCUCUAUCCACCAGAGGCCAGUAACGCAUCAUCUGACGCUCUCUUUGCGGAACAUCAACCGAGUGCACCAUUCUUCGAAGCUGUUAAAGCAUCCACCACAGAGGCAAACGAUUUCUUUGGAUCUGCAAGCUCCAGCAAGUCUCCCAUUUGCACAGACGCUGACAACAACCUCCCAAGUGCUGCAGACACCAGCGACAGCACAAGAUUUACUGCCACCGCCCAUAGGAUUUUUGCGCCACAGCCAGCAGAGGCACAGGCAGAUUCACAGGUGGAUACCGCCGCACCGCCAGCAGAAUUUGCGGGAGGAGUUACCGAGGCCCUAGCCCACCCACCGCUUGCACCAUCGCCGCUACAGAGUUUCUUUUCGCAGCCAGCAACAGCCGCGCCAGAGGAUUUCAACUUCUUUGCCACGCCUGGCAGUCAGAUAUUUCCGGAACUGCCAACACAGCGGGGCAUUGCACCGCCUCCAUUGGCACAGGAGCCACCAGCAGCAGCAGCAGAAGCUAGUAACGGGCCAGCAGGACUCGGCUUUGAGCAAUUGCUAAGCCAAACACAGCAGGCGCCAGGCCAGAACUCCAUUGGAAAUUCGAACGAGAAUACCCAACAACAAAAUUCAAUUGUGAAUUCAUUUUCGGGUUAUUUUGGGGCCACAGAAACAGCAGCAGCGACGCCACUUGCAGCGCCCCAAACGAACAGCGAUCCCUCGCAUUUCUUUGAUCAAGUGCCACAGCCACAGGCAGCGACAAACGCCAACGAGGAUCAGCGCAUACAGAACUUCUUCAACAAUCCGCCACUGCAGGACCAGCCAGCGGCACCGGGCGAACUCAAAUACGAUAUUGUGCACAGCGGAUUGCCCGUCAAGCAGCUGCAGGCACGCUCUCAGACACCCAUUUCCAAUUUGGUGGAGCCGCCGUCAUCCUCUGCCUGCUCAGAGUUUUCCACACUGACAUCAGCAGCUGCAGCUGCAGCAGCUCCAGCUCCAGCAAGCAACUCAACAAUCGAGCGUCAAACGGGCGAGGAUCUACUGCAGUUGCAUCAAGCCGAGUUGCCGGAGGAGAUCCUAAAGGAGCUCAGAAUGGCCAACGCAAACGCCACGACAAGCGACAAGGCAGCCACGCCAACAGUUUCUAUUGUUUAUACGCCUGUUGUGGCCCAUUGGUUCUACAAGCGCAGAGUGGACACGAAGUUCAUUUGGACACCAUUCAGUCACUACGAUUCGGCGCUGCUUGAAACGAGUCUCCAUAAUGAAGAUUCCACAUUGAUUAUACCCGUCGAGGGUGGCCGCUAUGAUGUCAACAUCAAGGAGCGCACCAAGACCCCCGUCUAUUGGGAGGGCAAGGGCAUUGAGGUGCGUCGCUGCUCGUGGUUCUACAAGGGCGUGGACUCCAAGUAUGUGCCCUAUUCCGAGGACACUGCCGCACUGCUGGAAUCGGAGUACAAACGUUCGGCAGAUACUGGCGAAUGGCAUCAGAAGAUCAUGCUGGCCAAUGGUGAGCAGGUGGUCUUCCAUGGACCCACGGUCAUCGUUCACUUCCUGCCGCAACCCAACUCGGACUCGUGGGGCGCCAGUGCACAGAGCUCCAUGCGUCCGCGUGUGGUCAAGCGGGAUCUGGAUGACUUCACUAUCGAGCAGGGCGAGUCGCAGCGCGUGGAUCAUUUAUUGUUUAUGGUCCAUGGCAUUGGUUCGGCUUGUGAUCUGAAAAUGCGCUCAGUGGAGGAAGUUGUCGAUGACUUCAGGAACAUUGCCCAGCAACUGGUGCAGUCGCACUACAAAAACUCCACAGAUAUGGGUCUGGUGGGUCGCGUGGAAGUCUUGCCCAUCUCCUGGCAUGGCCAUCUACACUCUGAGGAGGAGGGCAUUGAUGAGAAGCUGAAAUCCAUUACCCUAGAGUCGAUUCCCAGGCUGCGUAACUUCACCAACGACACGCUGCUGGACGUACUCUUCUACACCAGUCCCAAGUACUGCCAGAAGAUUAUGAACACGGUGGCGGAUGCCCUCAAUGAGGUCUAUCUGAAGUACAGAUUCAGGCAUCCCGAAUUCAAUGGCGGUGUCUCAUUGGCUGGUCACAGUCUCGGCUCAUUGAUCCUCUUCGAUUUGCUGUGCCAUCAGGAGCCACUCAAAGAGAGCGAAGAGGAAAAUAAGGAGAAUCCCGAUCAGCUGCCGCAUAAGCCAGAGGACAGCUACAAGAAGGUGCAACUGCCAUCCAGCGAUCUGCUGCCCAAGCAGGUCAGCUACACCAUGGGUCCGGCUGGCACCGGGCAGCCGGUCAUCAACUACACACAGCUCAUCUUCCAUCCGAAGAAGUUCUUUGCCUUGGGCUCGCCCAUUGGCAUGUUUGUGACCAUUCGGGGCAUCGAUCAGCUUGGCCUCGACUUUCAUCUGCCCACAUGUCCGGGUUUCUACAACAUAUUCCAUCCCUUCGAUCCGGUGGCCUAUCGCAUUGAGGCGCUCGUCAAUGCGGAUAUGAAUGGAAUUCGUCCUGUGCUCAUACCCCAUCACAAGGGGCGCAAGCGCAUGCACCUGGAGCUGAGGGAGACCAUGACGCGUGUGGGUGCAGAUAUCAAGCAGCGAUUCAUGGACACAUUCAAGACCACGCUGGACAGCGUGAACUUUUUGGCUACUGUGACAAAAGUUAAGAAAGAGGCGGAAGAGACGCUUGCAAAGCAGGUCUCGUCUUCGUCCACGUUGUUCCAGAAACAAAUCGAGGAUGCAGAUGAAAGUUCUGUGGCCAGCACAUCUACAAAAACACGAAAUCGCACCGAUUCCAACUCGACAACGGCCUCAGAUCCCGAGUUCAUAGAACUGGACUUUCCGCUGGGCAAGCUGAACGAUUCGAAGCGCGUUGACUAUGUGCUGCAGGAGGCACCGCUGGAGUUUAUCAAUGAGUACAUCUUUGCCCUGAGCAGUCAUGUCUGCUACUGGGGCUCUGAGGACACCAUACUGUUUGUGAUGAAGGAAAUCUAUGCCAGCCUGGGGAUUAGCACCGACAGCCAGGUGCCGCAGCAAUCCAUGACCAUCGAGAGGCCCGGCUCCUUUGAUGGCAGUAGUGCCAGUCAGUCGCUGUUGCCGAUGUAAAACACACACACACAAUUAUAUUAGAAAUAUUUAGAAUCAAUUGAUUUACAUAGAUAUUGUUUUGUUGUUAGUGAAAUUGUAUGUGCAACGAUUCACUUGGUUGAUGGUAUUUAUCUCUAAGUAAAACGUCCUUUUAUCAUCCGAAGUAACAUACUAUCUGCUGGGAAAAUGAAACAUUUUUUCGAGCUUUAUAAAUCAACAUUUAUCAACUAUUUACCUGAUGAGCGACAGAAGUACUCUUUGUUAUUUUUGUAAUAUUGUGUUUAUAAAAUUGACCUUUGUAACAUUUUAUGAUAAAGAAAGUGUAUGUCUAACUAAUAUCUUUAAUAAAUAACUCAAGAAAAUCAUA